GUCGAUCUAUGAUCAAUCAUGAUCCUUCUAGUAUAUUUGAAGUACCCUCUAAUGUAGAUAUUGUGAAGUCAAAAUACGGUUCAUGAUCCGUCAAACUUUUUUAUGAAUUUUUUAACAUGGGCAAACUAAGAUGUAACUUUUUUCUAUAACAAACUACCUGAAGCUGAACUAAGACUAACAUGGAACGAAAUAUGAUGAUACAAUUGGCUCGCCUGGUACUGGAGGUGGUGCAUCAGCAGCACAAUCACAAGGAAUUAUAGGAGAUCUCAUGGUUGGAAUAGGCCAAGACUUGGCUCGGUUUUGCAGCUUUUUCGAUUCGGAGGUGGAUCGUUUGUAGGUGCUCAGGCUGAAAUCGACUGUGGCCACCUAAUGAAGUGCUGUAGCCUAAUGGGGAGUUGUCAAAUGAAGACUGCAGCAUCCGCGAGCAUAACGUGAUAGAAUCUUGAAACAGUAUGUAGUUGAUGAUAAGUACACAUUGGUAGUCCUACGCACGUCCGCUCGAGAAUGCAGGUAAAACUGCGGACGGCGGAUCAAUUCCUAUCCUAUCCUCCCCAGUCACGGCCAAGAACAAGAUGAAGAACCUUAUGAGCAUAAUAUUUCUACCCCUUAUUGGUAUGGGGGUUGUCGGGGUUGGCGGUGUGCAGUUGACGAAACUAUGGGAUGUGAGGGAUGGUCGGACAUGUGCGGAAGCGGAUAUGCAUUCCGUGAUCCAGCUUGAAGAUAUGUUCUUCACACCGAAGCAAUGCGCAGCCUAUUUCGUCGAGAAGGGGCAUGGCUAAGGCCUCACAGACUUGAUCCAUCUUUUACCGCAUCUGUAUUAAGCUGUUUUCGGGUAGAAAAAUUAACUUUUACCUCACUGUUACUAUUAACUUAUUACUGGUUGUUCCUUAUAGAAUAGACGGAUGAAGAGGGAAGAAAUAAAGAUGGAUUAGAGUGGUCGUGAGUUCUAACAUGGACACGGAAUAUUGCUAUUCUACGAAGAUGAGCGUGGAGAGGGAAGAAGACGAGGACAUCCAAGAACGCCUCCACCUCCCUUCCCAGAAGAUGAAACAACUGGAG